AUGGCCACAUCAAGCGACCUGCCCGCCGAACUGGUCUACAGAAUCAUCGAGUACACAGUCCUUCGCGACCCGGAUCCCGAGGACUGGGAGUCUUACCUGCCUGCGCUCGACGACGCAAUCGGGCUAAUCAAACCAAAACCAAGACCUCAUCUGGAGCGACAUCGCAAUCCUUAUCCUCCUCGGUGGGCGGAUCCACCCAAUCCUCUUUUGGCACUCUCAUUGGUCAACCGUACCUUCCGAAUGUGUGCGCAGGAGUUACUCUUCCGGAACGCGGCGCUGCAGACCACACACAAGGCGCGCUUAUUCCUUCAGGCGCUUACUUGCACCUCGCCACUGGAUAAACCAACUCUCACAGCUGGCCAGGACAAUCAAAGACACACUAAGGGAGAUCAGAAUCACAAUAUGAACAUGGCACAGCUUUCUGAAAUUGAUCAUUCUUGUCCCAGUAGACUAGCCCGCCAUGUUCGCUCCUUACAGAUUGAAUUUAACGACAUCUGUUCGCUAGCGCGGGGCAGCAGCCAGUGGCUCUGUGCUAUCAUCCGCAGCUGUCCCCGGCUCGAGAAUAUCGCGAUCAGUUCCGAGGUCUGGGAUGACUGCAGAGAACCCAUAUUGGAGGCCCUCUCCCUGAUCCAAGAGUUUGCAGUCCUCGAAAACUACUCGCUCGAGACGGUAGAGCUGAGUGAGCUCAAGAGGCGGACCGGGACCGUUGGGAAGCCGAUCCCCACUCUGAAUUGCACCGUGCGAACAAUGAUCCUACACAACCCCCGAUUAUACGAGCGGGACCUCGCCAUACUUCUGACGAGCUUUCGACAGAGCAUCCGGUCGCUUACAAUCGAGAUGAGCGACCCAGACCACAGCAUGGGGCGGCUGGGCUUAUGUCGGAUCCUGAAAGAUUGUACAAAUCCGGACCUGGAGUGCUUGAAAGUCAAGACAGGCCGGGCGCGCUUUGACGAUUUGGCCGACCUAAUGCAAUCCCCCUCGGCCAUUGUUGAUCCUGAUGACCCCUCCUCGAACCCAGGCCUUUUGGAUUUUGUCUUCAAGUCCCCCUUCGCGCUCAGGAAACUCAAAUCUUUAUCCUUCUCUGGCAACCUGGCAACCAACGAGCUGUUCAAGUUCUUGCCCGACUCGAUCGUCAAGCUUGCCUGGGACAAUUGCGAAAUUUCUCUCUGGGCGCUUGGCUCUGCGCUUUCAAGGCGAGCAGACAAGAUAAUCUUACUACCUAAUCUCAAGUGUUGCUCAACUCGAGCCCCUUCGUCAACACUCGAGUCCGAGCUAGAAGCACGAGGCGGAUUUUUCACUAGGAUAUCGAGGAGGUGUGAGGCUCAGCUAAUCUGA